AUUCUUGGAGAUAUGGCAGAGGAUGUGAUGGUGGUGCAAGGCGAAAGAUCCAAUGAUGGGGCAGCCAUGGUGAUGUCGGAUUUGUGCAGGAUGAGCUCAGCUGAUAAAAAGGAUUGCGAGUUUGAUCAUGGGGGAUAUUUCAUAAUUAAGGGUGCUGAGAAGACAUUCAUUGCACAGGAGCAAAUAUGCCUCAGAAGACUUUCAAUAUCCAAAGACCCAACUUGGACAGCCACAUAUCGUGCGGUUGAAAAAAGAAAACGAGUCUACAUAAAAUUAACCUCCAAAACCGAGAAAGUCUUGGGAGCCGACAAAAUACUCACGGUCUACUUUUACGUAACUGAAAUCCCAAUAUGGGUUCUCUUCUUUGCUCUGGGCGUCACAAAUGACAAGAAAAUAGCCGAUAUAAGGUUCGAAAUUUUUGCAAAGAGGGAAAUGCCCCUUAAGCAGAAAGCUUCUUUUCUUGCAUAUAUGGUUAAAUGCCUCUUGGAAGCUUACAGAGGGCUCCGUAAAACUGACAACAGAGAUGAUCUUAAGAAUAAGAGGUUAGAAGUGGCCGAAGAAGAGAAGGAUGAAGAAAUCGGCCGCGACCGAGCAAAGAGCACGAAGGCCAGUCCACCACUGCCGCAAAGUACGACUGACACCGGUUCAACAGAAACAACGACGGCAAACUCUGACGAUGAGAAGCUCGGUUUCUUCUCGGACUCGCUAUGGGUGAACGUUAUUGUCCCAACAAGAAACCCAAGUUCUCAAGGUGUUGAAAAGGUUGGAUCGAAAUCCGGGCGCAUAAAUGGAGCGUUUGAUUCAGCUUGGGGCUGUUUGAGAGUAGUUCGGGAGGCACAAAUGACGACCAACACCUUUGAGAAGGCUUGCCGUGUUGCAGCCAUUCACACGAGGAUUUUAGACUAA